CUAUUUCUUAGUGCACUUGCCACGAGGAAGGCAAGGGCGAGACAACCACGAGCUCUGCUGCGUGAUCUUGACAUCAUGCGACUCUACGGGAACCGACGCCAGCUUCACGGAACUACCAUCUUUUCCGCACCACCGCACCCAACCAUUCGCGGAUGAAGGUCAAAAGAAGGGGAGGUCAGAUAUAUGGCAUCUAGCAGUGGGAAGCCAAUGCCUCUACGCGAAGUGCCUCUGAGAACCACUCGGCCAAUGCUGCCGAAGCGUGCUCACCACUUCUUGGCAUCCAUCGCUUGUUACUGUUUCUCCUCCCGUGGCCCAUCGCCAAGAAGCUAUCUCAGAGCCGCUUGCCUCAUACCGCACCAUCACCGACAGGUACCAUGCAGGUCGGCUUCAUCGUGCCACUGGGCUCCCCGCAGCUCCAAGAAAUUCUUCGAGAAACGUCGCCAAUGUGCCAGGAAAACGCGGCUAUGGAUGGAGUCUCAUCGUUGCAUCGUGCGAUUUGAAGCUGGGUAGCGUUUGCCGACACCAGAGACCAGAGUAAUGACCGACACUGGGCCGCAAAUGCCUACAUAAAACCAGAGCAGUCCUGUCUUCAACCCCGCCGAGUAGUCGUGAGUUUGCUUGUUGGACUUGUUGACAGCAAGCAGUCAUGCGUCGUUCGACAGAGAAGCUGUCUAUUGCAGCAGCAGUCCUCGCUUCCAUCGCAACUGUUCAAGGUCAGACCGACUCCAGCCAACCAGGACCAGCUUGGAACCAUGAAGACUACACUACUAGUCCGCCAGUAUACCCAUCGCCAAACAUCACAGGAGCUGGCGGAUGGGAGGCUGCGUUAGAGAAGGCAAAGGACUGGGUCGCUCAGCUCACCACUGACGAAAAGGCGCUUUUGGUUACAGGAACUGAAGGGCCUUGUGUUGGCAACAUCGCACCCAUUCCUCGCCUGAACUUCACGGGUCUUUGCUUGCAAGAUGGACCCCUGGCCAUCAGACAAGCGACCUAUGCCUCAGUCUUUCCAGCUGGCUUGACUGUUGCCGCUGCAUGGGACAGAUCGCUUACGUAUCUGAGAGGAAGGGCAAUCGCGGAAGAGUACAAAGGCAAAGGCUCGCACGUCAUUCUUGGCCCGGUGUCUGGUCCUUUGGGCAGAAGUGGUUUGGGUGGUCGAAACUGGGAGGGAUUCUCUCCAGACCCGUACCUGACAGGUGUACUCAUGGAGGACACGAUCAAGGGUCACCAAGAUGUUGGUGUCCAGGCCUGUGCCAAGCACUACAUCGGCAACGAACAAGAGAUCCAACGUAACCCAAGCACAAGUGCGAACAAUCAGACCAUCGAGGCCAUUUCCGCGAACAUCGACGACCGAACUCUGCACGAGCUCUACUUGUGGCCUUUCCAAGAUGCCGUCAAGGCCGGCGUUUCGUCGAUCAUGUGCUCGUACAAUCGAAUCAAUGCUUCUUAUGGCUGCCAAAACAGCAAGCUUUUGAACGGCGUGCUCAAGGAUGAGCUUGGGUUCGAGGGAUGGGUCGUUUCUGACUGGAUGGCGACUCAUGCUGGAUACCACGCCGCGGACGCUGGUCUCGACAUGAACAUGCCAGGAGGCCUUUCGUUCGAGCAGUCUGUACCAUCACUUUGGGGUGCCAACCUGACCACUAGCGUCAACAAUGGUAGUCUCGACAUCUCUCGUCUGGACGACAUGGCCCACCGUAUUAUGACUCCAUACUUCUGGCUCGGACAGGACGACUUCCCAGCUGUCGACCCAUCCACCCCUUCGACUCAACGCACAUGGGCGGAGAGCACGUAUCGCUACAACUUCACCUACGGAGAUGAUGUGGUUGAUGUCCGCGAUGACCACGCCAAGCUCAUUCGUGAAAUUGGCUCUGCCGGAACUGUCCUGCUGAAGAACACCAACAACGCACUUCCGUUGAAGAACCCCAAGAACAUUGGCGUGUUCGGUAACGACGCCGGCGAUCUCACCCAGGGCCUCUACUUCGUCAACCUGCUCACCGAGGAAGGAUUUGAGUACGGUGUGCUCCCAGCCGCUGGUGGAUCUGGAACUGGUCGCUUGACCUAUGUCGUUUCGCCGCUCGAGGCUAUCAAGGCCAAGGCUGGACCAGAUGCUCUCGUGCAGUACGUUCUUAACAACACCCAAAUCACCCACGACAAUGGCUUCUCGAUUGUCCUGCCAACUCCACCAGACGUCUGCCUUGUGUUCCUCAAGACUUGGGCUUCGGAAGGUUACGACCGAUCUAGUUUGUUGGUGGACUUCAAUGGCACCGGCGUUGUCGAGACUGUGGCCGCUAACUGCGCCAACACCAUCGUCAUCACCCACUCCGCAGGCCUGAACGUCCUUCCUUUCGCUGACCACCCCAACGUCACUGCCAUCAUCGCAGCUCACCUCAGCGGACAAGAGGUCGGAAACAGCAUCGUCGACAUCCUCUGGGGAGAAGUCAACCCAUCAGGAAAGCUCCCCUACACAAUCGCCGAGAAGGAAGAAGACUACGACUUCGUCCCAAUCGUCAACUCCACCGAGCUCAUCGAAACCGAAGACCCCAACGCAUGGCAAGACGACUUCGUCGAGCGUCUCCUGAUCGACUACCGCCACUUCGACUACUACAACCAAUCCGUGCAAUACGAAUUCGGUUUCGGUCUCUCAUACACAACUUUCAGCAUCGGCGACCUCGAGAUCAGAAAAUCCACCCACGGCGAAAUCUCCGCCCUCCCAUCCGAAGAGAAGAUCGUACCUGGAGGCAACCCAGCGAUCUGGAAGACUCUCUACACCAUUACAGCACCCGUCAAAAACACCGGUUCCGUCGCCGGAGCGACCGUCCCACAGCUCUACCUCUCCCUCCCACAAAUCUCUGACCAAGACGUCAACCCUGUGAAACAACUCCGAGGUUUCGAUAAAGUUUUCCUCGAACCUGGUCAGACGAAGGAAGUUACUUUCCCUCUUACACGACGAGAUCUUUCUUAUUGGGAUAUCAACACACAGCAAUGGACGAUUGCCCCAGGAUCGAUCGGUGUUCAAGUUGGUCUUAGUUCGCGUGAUAUCCAUGUUGAAGAUUCUUUCACGCCUGUUGCGGCUGCGGCUGGUAGUUAUAGGCCACGAGGUGCUAGGGCAUAGAAAGGGCUUUGGAUUGGGCGAUUGGCUGACUGGGUGAUGAUGAUGACUUCAGUUCAGUCGGAGGAGGCAUCGAUCUUCAUUAUUAGGUCGUUGGGCUCACGAUCCAAAACUAUGAUUUAUGAUUAGGCAGAUACCUGUUAAACAAACAUUCGAUCGAUCGACUCGAUUCGAUACUGCUGACU